UCCCCAGCUUGUCAUUGUUACCUGUCUGCUUCCCCCACACACCCAUGGCUAUGCUGGGCUGGCUCACAGGCAGCAGUGCCCCCCUAUUUAUCCCGCUGCUGCUGCCAGGCUAGGUGGGGGAUGCUGGGGCCUCCCUCAGGGUGUUGGUCACUAAGUGGUCCCCCCGCUAAGCUGAGCAGUGGCUCAGCCUCUCACACCUCCUCCAGGCUGGGCUGGCCCAGAACUCACCCAGGGGCGUGGUCUGGGGUCUCCCUGGAGGCUCCUGGUAACAAACAGCCCCACCCCUUCUGGGUGCUGGUAUCCAUGGCAACGGUAUACAGCCCUUCCCUCCCAGGCCUGCUUGGAGGUCGGGCCUCAGAGCAAGAGUCGGUCAGUGGUCACCUGGGACCUCCAGCAGGCGCACCUGCAGCCCCCGAGACUCCCACAUGCCUGCCAGACACCACGCCCCACCCCGCACCGGUGGUCUGCUCUGCCGACCCGCAGUUGGCUCUUGAGUCCCUGGACCCUCGCACACUGCGGCUGUUGUGGAGACAGCGAGAACUGGAGAUCCAGGCCUUGCGGUGGGCCGUCCAGAAUGGCGAGGACGCCCGGCUCUGCCACAUCCUGGAAGAGGUGGCGGGGCUUCCGCCCAAGAGGAGCUCCCACAGUCAGGAGAAACUCCUGCAGAACCAGGUCCAGAAGCUGACCCAGGAGUUGAAGAAACAGAAGGAGCGAGCCCAGUGGGAGAAGGAGCACCUGGAGGAGCGGCUGCUGCAGACCACUCGCACGCUCCAGGAGAUGGAGGCCGAGCUGCAGAACUUGCAGAAGUCCUGCCUCCUGCAGCUGGCCCGCUCCUCGUGGGUGGGCCGCAUGCUACGAUCCCAGACUGGCAGUGUGGAGGUAGUGACAGCAGAGACUCUGAUGGACCCAAGCGACCUCUCUGAAAACAUUCAGGCCCCCACCGGGGAGGGCUUUCGGCUGGAGGACGUGGACUGGAACAGCGUUGCCCGCCGGUACCCCAACCUCUUCACCAACAUGGAGCCCAGCUCAAAGCAAAAGCAGCCCCGGCCCUGGCCACAGCUGGACACAGGGAGCCCAGAGUCCUCUGGAAAGUAUUCCGAGCGGCAUCACAAGACCGUGGAGUGGGGCUCCCUGCCCUGUCUGAACACCAGCAGCUCAGGGGGCGCUGACUCUGACUCCAGCAGCUGCCGGCCGGGCCUGCCUUCCUUCGUGCAGGUGAUAGGGCACCCGCCCCGGGACCACCGCGCUUCCUCCGAGCAAGCGCUGGUGCAGGCCGGGAGCUACAGCAGGGACUCAGAAGAUCUCCAGAAAACCCACUCACCCAGGCACGGCGAGCCGGUCCUGUCGCCCCAGCCCUGCACAGACCCCGACCACUGGAGCCCGGAACUCCUGCAGAGCCCGACAGGCCUGAAGAUCGUGGCUGUGAGCUGCCGGGAGAAGUUCGUCCGCAUCUUCAACCCAUCGCAGGAGAGCACGGCCGACCUGAGCGGCAUGGUGCUGAAGCAGCUGGUGCGCGGCUUCCCGCAGCGCCUGUACCGCUUCCCGCCGGGCACGGUGCUGGCCCCGCGGCACCACGUCACGGUCUGGGGCGAGACGACCCGCAGCGCCAAGAAGCCGCUGCGCGCGUCCUCGAGCCGGGAGCCCGUUCCCCUCCUCUCCAUCCGCGGCUGCGCGACGCUGCUCCUGAGCCCCAAGGGCGAGGUCCUCAGUGAGCACCGGAUCCCACGCCGCGAGACUCCGGCCCCGAGGGUCUUCGCCGACGGCACCGACUUGUCCAUCGACCGCUUCCCGCUCCCUGAGGCCGGGCCCGGCGCCGACACCCGCAAGCCGCCGCGCCCACCUCGACCCCUGCGCAAAGGCCGGGUGCGGGAGCCCCGGGUCAGUCGCCGGAGACCAGGGACGCGGGGCCUGCUGCCCCCAAUGAGCUCGGGGAAGCUCUUCCACGCGCGGGAGGGGCCUGCGCGGCCCGAGAACCCCGAGAUCCCCGCGCCACAGCACCUGCCCGCCAUCCCGGGUGACCCCACCCUGCCGUCGCCUCCCGCAGAGGCCGGGCUGGGCCUGGAGGACUGUCGGCUCCAGAAAGAGCACCGAGUUCGGGUGUGCCGGAAGAGCGUGGACCGUAGCUGCCCCCUGGUGGCCCUGUCGGUGCAGAACACGGCGGAGAGCAGAUUCGGCUUCCGCUUCCUCAGCUGCCUGCCGGUCACCGCGGACACCUGCCGCGGCGCCUAGGGGCGGAGGAGCGGGGCCGGGACCGCGAGGGAGGGCGCGGGCGGGCGCCGGGGCUGGGCGGGCUGUGUCCGCUGCAUCAUUUAUUGAACCAACGUGGCCUACAAAGUAAACCGCAUUUCUGUACACCUGA